AUGGCUCAGCCGCCCAGCGGUGCCUUCGCAACCUGCCUGAACGACGUGUGCGAUGGCCGGUCAGGGUGCGUAGGCUACCCGAGCGAUAUCCUGUACCAAAUCAAAUGGGUUGAUCGCUAUAACCUCGACAUCAAUCUUGAGCCCGCUGCCGUCACAAGACCCGAAAGUACUGGAGAUGUCGCAGCAUUUGUCAAGUGUGCCUCGGAGAAUAAUGUGAAAGUCCAGGCUAGGUCUGGAGGACAUUCUUACGCAAACCAUGGAUUGGGUGGCGAAGACGGGGCGCUUGUCAUCGAUCUUGAGAACUUUCAGCACUUCUCAAUGAAUCCAGAUGAUUGGCAAGCGACAAUCGGAGCAGGCCACAAACUACACGAUGUCACCGAGAAGCUCCAUGAUAACGGUGGUCGAGCUAUCUCGCAUGGCACAUGCCCAGGUGUGGGACUUGGUGGUCACGCUACGAUUGGUGGCCUUGGGCCUUCAUCGCGUAUGUGGGGAUCCUGCCUUGACCAUGUUGUGGAAGUCGAAGUCGUCACAGCCGAUGGGAAAAUCCAGCGCGCCAGCGAGGACGAGAACUCAGACCUCUUCUUCGCCCUUAAGGGGGCUGGUGCCAGUUUCGGCAUCAUUACGGAAUUCGUCAUGCGCACCAACCAGGAGCCGGGUGACGUUGUCGAGUACACCUUCUCACUGACCUUCUCCCGUCAUCGUGAUCUAUCCCCUGUAUUUGAGGCGUGGCAAAAUCUGAUUUCUGACCCUGACCUUGACCGUCGUUUUGGGUCUGAGUUCGUCAUGCACGAACUGGGUGCUAUCAUAACUGGCACAUUUUUUGGCACUGAGGCAGAAUUUGAGGCAACAGGCAUUCCUGACCGCAUCCCCACCGGGAAGAAGUCCGUAGUAGUCAACGACUGGCUUGGCUCGGUCGCGCAACAAGCCCAGGAUGCGGCCCUAUGGCUUAGCGAUUUGAGUACCGCCUUCACUGCGAAGAGCUUGGCAUUUACCAAGGACCAGCUCCUCUCCUCCGAAAGCAUCAAGGACCUCAUGGACUACAUUGACGACGCUAAUCGGGGCACCCUUAUCUGGUUUUUGAUUUUCGAUGUAACAGGUGGCCGUAUCAACGACGUCCCGAUGAACGCCACGGCUUACCGUCACCGCGACAAGGUUAUGUUUUGCCAGGGCUACGGUAUCGGCAUUCCAACACUGAACGGCAGGACUCGCGAGUUCAUUGAAGGAAUCAAUUCGCUGAUUAGGUCAAGCGUGGCAACUAAUCUGAGUACCUACGCCGGUGAUCUAUUUUCAAAUCCGCAAAGCAUGAGCUGGGUGCAAAAACAAAAUCUUCGGGAUCCUGCUCUUGACCUCACCGACGCCGAAUCGCCCUCACGAACACCCGUUGUCAACCCAAACACCCUCACAACCGAUACAAUGGCCAAGCUUUCGCGCGGUGCCCCCGGUGGCAAGCUCAAGAUGACCCUGGGUCUCCCUGUCGGCGCGGUCAUGAACUGCGCGGACAACUCUGGCGCCCGUAACCUCUACAUCAUCUCCGUCAAGGGUAUCGGUGCCCGCCUCAACAGGCUGCCCGCUGGUGGUGUUGGCGACAUGGUCAUGGCCACCGUCAAGAAGGGAAAGCCCGAGCUGAGGAAGAAGGUCCACCCCGCCGUCAUCGUUCGCCAGUCCAAGCCCUGGAAGCGUUUUGAUGGUGUCUUCCUGUACUUCGAGGACAACGCCGGUGUUAUCGUUAACCCCAAGGGUGAGAUGAAGGGCUCUGCCAUCACCGGCCCCGUCGGCAAGGAGGCCGCCGAGCUGUGGCCUCGUAUUGCCAGCAACUCCGGUGUCGUGAUGUAA